AGCGCGGAGAGGCUGGGUGUGGGCCGGGCGAGGCGAAAGCUGGCGACGAGCCGGACCUGCUUCGCGCUCCUCCCCCGCCGGCGCUCCCCGGCACCGCCGCCGCGGUCAUGACCGAUAACAUCCCCUUGCAGCCGGUCAGGCAGAAGAAGCGGAUGGACAACAAGCACCGCGGCGGAUGCUGUGAAUGCCUAAGAUGUUGUGGAAGAAGAGAUCCCAGGCCUCGAACCGUCUGGCUUGGCCAUCCCGAAAAGAGGGAUCAGAGAUAUCCACGCAAUGUCGUCAACAACCAGAAGUACAACUUCUUUACUUUUCUACCAGGAGUCCUGUUCAACCAAUUCAAAUAUUUCUUCAAUCUCUACUUUUUAUUUCUUGCCUGUUCUCAAUUUGUUCCUGAAAUGAGGCUUGGUGCACUUUACACAUAUUGGGUUCCACUGGGUUUUGUGCUUACUGUUACCAUCAUCCGUGAGGCUGUAGAAGAGAUCCGAUGUUACAUGCGUGACAAGGAAGUCAACUCUCAGAUUUAUAGCAAGCUCACAGCAAGAGGCACAGUGAAGGUGAAAAGUUCUAAUAUUCAAGUGGGGGACCUUAUCAUUGUGGAAAAGAACCAACGGGUCCCUGCUGACAUGAUUUUCUUGAGGACAUCAGAAAAGAACGGGUCCUGCUUUCUCCGAACGGAUCAGCUGGAUGGUGAAACAGAUUGGAAACUGCGCCUGCCUGUCAGCUGUACUCAGAGGUUACCUACUGCUUCUGACCUUCUUCAAAUCAGGUCAUAUGUGUAUGCAGAGGAGCCAAAUAUUGACAUCCAUAACUUCGUUGGGACCUUCACAAGAGAGGACAGUGACCCUCCUGUGAAUGAAAGCUUGAGUAUUGAAAAUACCCUCUGGGCUAGCACAGUAAUUGCUUCAGGAACAGUUGUGGGAGUUGUUCUCUAUACAGGCCAAGAAUUACGCAGUGUCAUGAAUACCUCAAAUCCACGCAGUAAGAUUGGUCUCUUUGACUUGGAAGUUAACUGUCUAACCAAGAUACUCUUUACGGCCUUGGUGGUGGUUUCCCUUGUCAUGGUCUCCCUCCAACACUUUGCUGGCCGCUGGUACCUUCAGAUCAUCAGAUUUCUUCUUCUGUUCUCAAAUAUCAUUCCUAUCAGUUUACGGGUGAAUCUUGACAUGGGAAAAAUUGUCUACAGCUGGAUGAUCCGAAGGGAUUCUAAAAUUCCUGGCACAGUAGUUCGGUCUAGCACAAUCCCAGAGCAACUAGGCAGAAUAUCCUAUUUGCUUACUGAUAAGACAGGGACUUUAACACAGAAUGAGAUGGUUUUCAAACGUGUCCAUCUUGGAACAAUGGCUUAUGGGUUUGACUCUAUAGAUGAAGUUCAGAGCCAUAUCUUUAGCAUAUAUACACAGCAGUCGCAGGAACCACCUGCUUUAAAAGCACCCAACCUGGCUACCAAAGUACGAAAAACUCUGAGCAGCCGUGUCCAUGAGGCUGUGAAAGCAAUUGCUCUCUGCCACAAUGUGACUCCUGUCUAUGAAUCGAAUGGUGUGACAGAUCAGGCUGAAGCUGAGAAGCAUUAUGAAGAUUCUUGCAGGGUGUACCAAGCUGCUAGUCCUGAUGAGGUGGCCCUGGUGCAAUGGACGGAAAGUGUUGGCUUGACUCUGGUUGGAAGGGACCAGGCUUCUGUGCAGCUGAGGACUCCUGGUGGCCACAUUCUAAACUAUACCAUCCUCCAGAUUUUCCCCUUCACAUACGAAAGUAAACGAAUGGGGAUUAUUGUUCGGGAUGAAUCUACAGGAGAAAUAACAUUCUACAUGAAAGGGGCGGAUGUGGUUAUGGCAGGCAUUGUUCAGUACAAUGACUGGCUAGAGGAAGAGUGUGGUAACAUGGCAAGAGAAGGAUUAAGGGUUCUUGUAGUAGCAAAGAAAUCCCUGUCUGAGGAGCAAUAUCAAGAUUUUGAGGCCCGCUAUGUCCAAGCAAAAUUAAGUGUCCACGAUCGCUCCCUGAAGGUGGCCACAGUGAUUGAGAGUCUGGAGAUGGAGAUGGAGCUGCUGUGCCUGACUGGAGUAGAAGAUCAACUACAGGUGGAUGUCAGGCCAACUUUGGAAACUCUGAAAAAUGCUGGCAUUAAGGUAUGGAUGCUCACAGGGGAUAAACUGGAAACAGCCACGUGUACAGCUAAGAAUGCACAUCUGGUAACCAGGUCUCAGGACAUUCAUAUAUUUAGACUGGUGACCAACCGUGGAGAAGCACAUUUGGAGCUAAAUGCUUUCCGCCGCAAGCACGACUGUGCCCUGGUGAUUUCUGGGGAUUCCUUGGAGGUAUGCUUGAAAUACUAUGAGUAUGAGUUCAUGGAACUGGCUUGCCAGUGUCCAGCAGUCAUCUGCUGUAGAUGUGCCCCAACACAAAAGGCUCAGAUUGUACGUUUACUGAAGGAGAGAACUGGGAAGCUGACCUGCGCAGUAGGUGACGGGGGAAAUGAUGUCAGUAUGAUUCAGGAGGCAGACUGUGGUGUUGGUGUUGAAGGAAAGGAAGGAAAACAAGCCUCACUUGCAGCAGAUUUCUCCAUCACUCAGUUUAAGCAUCUGGGACGGUUACUGAUGGUGCAUGGAAGAAACAGCUACAAAAGAUCUGCUGCUCUCAGCCAGUUUGUGAUCCACAGAAGUCUGUGCAUCAGUACCAUGCAGGCAGUUUUCUCAUCGGUGUUUUACUUUGCUUCUGUUCCGCUCUAUCAAGGCUUCCUCAUCAUUGGAUAUUCUACCCUCUACACCAUGUUUCCAGUAUUCUCUCUAGUGCUGGAUAAAGAUGUCAAAGCAGUAGUGGCUAUGUUGUAUCCAGAGCUCUACAAAGAUCUCCUGAAGGGAAGGCCGUUAUCUUAUAAGACAUUUUUGAUCUGGGUUUUAAUAAGUAUCUAUCAAGGCAGUAUAAUUAUGUAUGGUGCACUUCUGCUUUUUGAGUCUGAAUUCGUCCACAUUGUGGCAAUUUCCUUCACAUCCUUGAUCCUCACUGAACUGCUGAUGGUGGCACUGACCAUCCAGACAUGGCACUGGCUCAUGAUAGUGGCAGAAUUACUCAGUCUGUCAUGCUACAUUGCCUCACUGGUCUUCUUACAUGAAUUUAUUGAUGUUUACUUCAUAACAACUUUAUCGUUCUUAUGGAAGGUGACUGUGAUCACCUUAGUCAGCUGUCUUCCUCUCUAUGUCCUAAAGUACCUGAGACGAAGGUUUUCUCCCCCAAGUUAUUCAAAACUAACCUCAUAGGAGUCAAGGACUCGCUUUUCUUCUUUGCACAGUGCUUACAGACUCAAUAAAUGUGUAUUCAUCAUCGAACGAUGUCUGACAGUUGGAUAAGCAAUCUGCACUGGCUGGGGAACAGUACUGGAAGACUGAAUAAUUCAGUUAAAACGCACACACAAACAAAAAAAACCCUCACAGUCAAACAAAGCGGAGAGAACUUAUAUCAGCGAUUCAGUUUUGUCACUUUAUAUUUAUCAAACUGAAAACAAAUGCAUGUAACUGGGAAGAAAAAAAAACUUUCUGCCUGGGAUGUGUCCGCUUACCUGGAAAGUGCUGAGUAAGCUGUUGAGAUGACGGAUUUUUUUUCAAAAUGUAUUUUCCUUUUUCGGGGGGGGUGUCAACUUAUUUAAUUUCCUCAUUUUUAUUGCUACUUAUCUUUUGAGUUCAGGUUCUCAUUGUGAACAUUUUCUGUGCCUUGGGAAAUGCUUUCAACUGAGCAACGCAACAGUGUAGUUAACAGGCCACUGUACAUACCCCAUGCCAGGCUGACCUCUUUGAUGUGGUCCAACGCAAAUCAGAAUUCCUGGUUUCUAUUGGCUACGAUUUUCUUGAAUUUUCUGCAGAAAAGGAAUUCACAGACGAGUCUUUCCAGUUAAAACAUGUUGCGGUGGUUUUCUAAAGGGAAUGUGUCUUUUUCCUAAAGAGAGAAUUAUUGAAAAGUUUUUUUGGGUAAGGAGAAGAAAAUUGUAACCCCAUAUCCUGGUUCUACAAGGACAAACUCCCAUUUAUUAAGACGAAGGUAAGAGUGGAAGAUCAUUUCCAGGAAAAGAAGAACAGUCAGAAGCUUAGGUUUCACCCUACAAUUUACCACCUUUCCCUCUGCAACCUCCAGCUCUCAUUUCCGAGGUCUUCUGCAAAACAGCUAAAACAAGGCUGCCAGAACCAAAGAGAAUAUAGGGAAUGGGAUAAUUGACAGGUAAGAAAAAGGAUCAGAAAUUAGGGAUGGGCAAGGCCUUAGGAGUUAUUGAUGAAACAUUUGUGCAAAGCACAGCUCUGAAGCUACUUCACGAAAAAACAGACCUUUAGUCACAUGGUCAUCUCGGAAGAGGCUUUGUACACUGCCUGGAUGCAGCAUCAUUUUUCUGGCCAAUGGAACUCUGAGAUUCGGAUUUGAUGCACAAAACUUGAGGGAGGUGUUACCUGUAUGGCUUGAUCUGUUCUGUCCAGGUAUAAAUCCCCUUACCACUGCCUUUUUGGAUAUUUAUUAAGACUCCCCUAUUAAAAAUAAAUAUUUUAAUGCUAAUUCUCCUGUGCACAUUCCCCAAUUCACAUUACAUUAUUUUCUCCCAGAAUGCAGGUUUCAUUAGACUUUUCCCCGAGUAGUUAGUGGUGGUUAUAAAUGUGCAGUUGUGUCCUCACUUUGAACAAGAAAAAGUGGUAAAAGCACUCCUACCAACAUUGGCCGGGAAAGCCACUAGAAUAAAAAUGAGAGCAAACCCUACUCCUUAUUAGCACUGAUGAUGUUACCUAGUUUGGGUAAUGAAAUGUCUGCAAGAAAACAAUCCAGCUCAGAGAGCACCAAGGACCCCUCAUCUUCCUUUCCAUUUUCUUCACUAUCCUGUAACAAAGGAAAAAUUCUCAUUGCACUAAAACUUGAACACUGGGGCACUCGGAGUUUAGAUUUAAGGUGGAAAGAAAUGUGAUUUAGAAUAUUACACUCAGCUAAAAUGUUGUACUUGAGCAAAACUUUUGAACUCUGGUGCUUCAUAUUGGACAGAGUAUUUCAAGUGGCAUAUGGCCAGGUAAAGUAGAAUGGAAAAAAAUGCUGUCAUGAUCUAGACUGUGUAUAUAAGUUAAUGCACCCCAAGAUAAGAUUUGCCUUUGUAGCAGCUGCAUCACAUGGUUAUCUCAUGUUUAAUUUCUGGUCAAUAAGUACAUACAGAUCUUAUCACAUUCACUGCUGUCUAGUCAUGUCUUCCCCAUCCUAUACGAUCCCCAUCAAAAUGCAGAAUUUAAAUCUGUAUUAAAUCCAUCCUCCUCACACCAGCUCAUUGCUUAAACCUGAUUAGAUAUUUUGAAGCUUAUUUCGUUCUUGAAGAGUAUUAGCUGAUAAAAAUAUUGAAGAGCACAGGGUGUUGUGAUAGCACGCUACUUGAAACUUUCCCUCAAGCUGAAAUGAGCCCGUAUUAAGCAUGGUCCUUGAGUCCAAUAGCAAUAUCAUCUAACCCAGAUGACAGGCACAAAAUAGGAAUUAAGACUUUCUGCUUUCUCAUCAUCAUCCAUUAAUAAUUUCUCACUUUCCUGCUAUACUCUGCUCUUUUUCACUUCUAAAUCUUCAGUGUAUUCCCAGAUAAAUUAGAGUUGAAAUUCUGGGUACACUUGGGAGUGACUCUUUAAAUUUGUGUGUAAAAAUACUAUAUGCAUUAGACUGGGCUGUAAAGGACAUUUUCCUUUAUAUGACUGAAGGAUCCAAGAGUAGAAUGCUAUCCUAAUGCUUUAUAAUGAAAGACAUUGCAGUGCAAAUAGCUGGUUAAUUGAUUAAUACAUAUGAGAUAGCUUCUCUGUCUUUUAUUUUUUUUACCUGCUGGAAUACAUGGAUAUAUUUGGGGAAAGGAUAUAAAGCUUGCAUUUCUUUUACCUUCUGUAACCAUUUCCUUACAGUAACUUUUAUUUUUAUAUAUAUAAAAAACUUUGAUGCUUGUGGAGAACAAUUUCCCCCAAUUAGCUACCUUUCAUUUCUGUAGGAAAUCUAAUCAACUUGGAAUAGUGAGAGUUGGAGUUUGGCAUCUCUGGAGAACAAAGAAUUGGGGAAAGUUGGUGUAAUGAAUUAUGAGGUUAAUUCUGAGUGGCAUCAGCCAUUAUCCAUUGGAUGGUUAGGUAUCCCCACUGCACAAAGGACCUCCAACAAUAGAAAUAAAGAUAACAAGGAAGCAAAACUUCUACUAUAACUGUUUAAACACUGGGACAUUUUGAUAACUGCACAUGUUCUGUAACAGUGUUGAUUUCACAUUGGGAAUAAGACUAUGUGGCUAUAUAUGUUGAUUCAGAACAAUUGGUGAUAAACCCAUGAUGGAAUGCAUUAGGUUGAGUAAACUGUUCUCCCUUCAGAUAUGGUUGAAUUGUAGUUUUCAGUAGACCCAGGUGGCAUGGCCAUUGCAUAGGUUGUCCUGGUGCUGCAGUGGUUAGAAUGCAGUAUUGCAGGCUAACUCUGCCCGCAGUCUGGAAUUCAAUCCUGAUGGGGCUUAAGGUUGAUUCAGCCUCCAAACCUUUUGAGGUCAGUAAUAUGAGGACCCAGAUUGUUGGGGGCAAUAUGCUUAUUCCUAAACCGCUUGAGACAGCUAUAAAGCAUUAUGGAAUGGCAUGUAAGUUUAACAGCGAUUGCUAUUGCCAGGUGCGAUAAUUUGUUCGUGAGUUGAGGAUCCAUAGAUUCACCCUCCCGGGACUACAUCAUUUUCCUCCUUAGGAAAUUUACUUGUCACUUGCUGAUGCUAAGGCAAUGCUUUCAGAUCAUGUUUUUUUUCAGGCUAGCCCUGGUUAGAAGACUAUGGGAUGACAUGAAGACAGAAAUGUUCUCUGAUUUUUUAUCUGUGGGUCAUUUUUUCAUUUGGGCCUUUGUGGGGACUGCCUUUUUCUAUUUGCUUUGUCCUCUUGACAAAUGAUGCCAUCCUCUCUAGCGCCAAAUGACUCAGAUACAUAACCUCCGCCUGAGGGCCACACAGUGCUUUAUGCAAUGUGACAAGGACCAUGCUCCAAAAUAUAAAAAUUAAAAUUCCUUUAAACUUUUUCCCUGUUCCAAAAAGUAAAUAAAAUACCAAAAAUCCUGGGUUGGGCUUGCGACCACAGAUGGGAAUGCCACAUAGAGUCUCCCAGUCAAUAAUUUUUAUACUUCUACUGUGCAACCUGCAUAUCAUGCAUGAGUAAUACAAUAAGGAAAUAUCCCACAGGUAGAUCCUUACACAGGUGGUCCUCAUUUAUCCUUACACAGGUGGUCCUCAUAAUUUCACAAUUAUGAUGAUGGAAAAGUAACUUUACAACCAAUCCUCACAUUUACGAUUUUCACAGGUCUGUAAAGCAUAAAGAAAAGUAGUAAGAUCUUAUACUGAAGUAAAUAAGAUCUUAUACCCACAGUAGCAGUUACACUUAGCAACUGCUUCACUUAACAACUGAGUUGUUCCCAUUUGUAGUUAUUAAACGAGGAUCACCUAUAUAUUCGAUAUUAAAGCCAAUAAUGACUUACUAAUGUAAAUCCAAGGGGAGGAAAUUGUCUGCCCAACAAUUCCAUUUCUGGAGCAGAUUAGUAAGGGUAUUAAAUAAGCCUCCAAAGAUCAAAAUACAGCAAAAGUAACACAUCCGGCAUAUCCUAAUUAGGUACAGAAAACUAAGACUGAGGAUUAGGGUUGGAUUAAAACUCAUGCCUGAGCAUUUAAAAUGGAACAGUCCAAGGGUGGAUUGUGUUUCAUUUUCCUUGGAACAUUUAAACUUGUGUUUGAGAGUAUUCCAAAACUUUCGGUUAAUUGUGAUCAGGUUGGUUGCCAUCACCUAAUUAAAUAUGUAUUUCUAAGCUUUUCAAAUGUAGAGCAGAAAAUUCUUUCCCUCUCUCCUGUGUUGGAGGUAUGAAUCCCCAUGUCAAAUUAUUUGUGAUGCUAAUGUUUUGUACUUGUCCUCUUGUCAACUGAGAUGUGCAUAUUCUUGAUCAAAGAGAAAUAUACAUGCAAAUUGAGUAAUUGUCAUGUGCAGUUCCAUGUUGCAGAUGUGUAAGAACUUUUAAAAAGGGAAUGGCUGAAAACAAGUUAACAAUAAAUUUUAUGGAACUUCAUAGCUAUUUGGCAUUGU